GAGGUUCUCCCAAACCCCUGUGAACCCCCAACAGCCCAUCCCUGAUUGUAGGGUUGUAGAUCCCAAGGACCAGAGGGCUCAGAGAACCAUCAUCGGAGGCUGAGGAGGAACUAGGAGGAAUGAUGGAGUGAAGAAGCAGGAAUAGGUGUGUGCCACCUCAAGAAGGUCAACCUAUUAGAAGAUGUCCUGUUUGGGAUCUUCUCCGGCCACGUUGAGGACCUGGUUUCUUGUCUCCUCCAUUGGGCAGAGAUUAUGCUGUCAGAAUGUUGUCAAGAAUGCUGGGCGUGUCACGGAUUCCCAAGACAAAGUCGCUAUGAAGUCAGCAUGGGGAGAAGCCAAGGCUGAGGAAACCAUGACCAGCUAUUCUAACACUUUCCUACUUUUCUCCAUCUUUCUAAGGUCACACCUAUGCCAAGACGACUCCAUGGAGAAGCAGAGAGUCAAGCUAGAUCUCCUCAUUGGCAUUAUGUGUCUGUUCAUGGUCCUCUUGAUCUUUUUGGUCGUUGGGUGCCUCUUGCUCCACUUUAGACUCUUCACUAAAGACAUGCCCUUGAAGGAGGACCUGAAAUCUUACACCAUCCAGACCCACUGUGUGGAGACAAAGUUUGUCCUCGCUCCUUCUCAGACCAACCAGUUGGCUUCUUCUGGAUGGACGGCGCCCGAGAAACCAACAGAGACUGAGUGUAAAGCCCGGAGCUCCACACCGCCGGACCUCACACUCAACCAUAAAAGUGCCAUCAGCUACAUGUAUCAGAGCCAUUCCCCCGAAAGUCUCUACUUGGAUGAAACUGGAAGCAUUUACUCACUGGAGUUUUUCCCGGAUUUGGACAGCUCCUGCUGGAGUGAUUCAAAGGAGUCUCUCAUGUGUAGGAACUCCCAAGAGGAAGAUGGUGAGGGAAGUAACGAAUCAGGAAGCACAAUAUUUUGCACCGUCCAUCCCAUGUGACGAACAAGACCAGCCAGCCACUCCAGGAAGACUGGUGGGACUGGUCUGGCUUCCAUGGCUUCUGUAGAAGCCACAAGUUGGACUUGGGGGUGGGGGGUGGGGGUCAGCACCUGCCGUUACGCCAAGUUGAAAGAGCCAACAAACUACGGCUGGCCUCCAUUUCUACUAAUGCUUUGGAGAAGUGCACAGGAAAGCCAACCUUCUGGUCACUUCGUUUUUCUUCUGGAAAGAAAGAAAACAAGCAUUGGAAGCCUCCUGAGAUGCUGCUCCAAGUACAGAAGCAGAAGGACUGGUCCCUGCGAAUGGAAACCGAAAGCUAAUUUCUAAUACGGGCAAGGAGGUGACUUAUUUGAGGAACUAAAAGGAAUAAAGACAAGUGCAGGGGGGGAAACCCUCUAAUUCAUGACAUGGAAACUAAUGAUGGCAAGUGAUUUUUAUUGAUUUAUUUUUUUUAAAAAAAACCAAAAUCCCAAUGGACUGAACAUCUGGACCGUCGGUGAACAAGGAAUGGCAACUAAGGAUGGACAGGACGAUGGUCCACGAAGAAGAAGAAGAAGAAAGGAACAGAAUGGUCAGCAAAGAGUUUUAUCAACAGGACAUUUUAAUUGCUUUUUCUCACUCACCGUCCGGUUUGAAGAGCCUGCAAUUAAAAGGAUACAUGAAACAGCCUCCAUGUUCCCCUUUGCUGACAGUAAAAGGCUAUAUUUA